CAGGCGACCACUGAUAGCAGACUGCUGAGGCAAGCGGAAAUGGGGCAUCUGGCCGCGUGCAUGGUGGUGCUGGGGCUGUGGGUGAGCGGGGCGCAGGGUGUUGUUGCUGCCCCCUUUGAGGCAGACGUGAGCUUCCAGUGCUCCAAAUUCGGUAGCAGAGCAUCAGUGUACACCAAGAGGGCCGUCAUAGGCAUGGAAGGUGGAACUGUAAUGCUGCCCUGCAUCUUCUCGCUGACUAAUUGGACGAAUCAAGUCUAUGUGCAGUGGAGGGUGAGUCGCAUGAGUACGAUCAUAUUCACGAGCGAGACGAACUUCACGGAGGGGACUUUCACGGACCGGCUGGGGCUCGUGGGUGACCUUCGAAAGGGCCAGGCUAACAUCAGCAUCAGUGACCUGAGGCCUGGCGACAAAAACGUCUACUACUGUGACAUCCUCGAGCGGCCCACAAAGCAAAACAACAAUUUGGUUCACUCUGACAAUCACGGAACCUACUUGGACAUCCAGGAAGGCCUCCAUUCUGCCACGACCUCCACCUGCCCCUGCACCCACCAGUGGGCCCUUAGGAGAAGUCUCGCUGCAAUAUCCGUUUGCUUUGUUUUGAUCUCGAUGGUCUCUGUGGCUGCUUUCGGAUACAUGAAGUGGAGACAAAACCGCACCACAGCCAACACGACACCUGAAGUUAUGUACGAAACGGUGGACAUGCAUCACGAUUCCCUCGUCGAUACUGCAUACACCGCACAGCUUCACAUGGACAGAUGCAACGAGACAUACACGAAAAUUAAACCGAUCGCAGUUUUGGGAGGUGAAGCCCUGAGCUCUGCAAGCACGCAAGCAGCUUAACCGAGACCCAAAUGGCAAUCUGGAGCUGUGCUUUUUUUCUUGUUACACCAGUCCCUUGGUUAAUGUUUUUCUGAAAUCGUAUAUUAUCAGUGCACGUUUGUUUGCAUGUUCACCACAAGUACGUGUAGUUAAUGUAGAUGCCUACCAAAAAUGUAUAUAUUUGCUUUUUUAAUAUCUUAACACAACUGCCGUUUUGUUAUUUCCAGAAACGGUAGAAUUUUUUUCAUACUCUGGUUCUGCUUAAAAAAAGGUCCCAUGCUAUGUUUUUUUUUAAUCCGUUCCACAAAAACUAUCGCUAAUCGAAAUAACUGUCAAUGGAAUAUAGGAAUUGCACGUUUGAAAAUCGUUAAUGUCACCAAGUUGACCUUGAUAAUGUCCUGCCUCGUUUUGAGGCUGAAUUACUUUCCUACUCUUUUAUUUUGCGAAUUCACUUCAGGAGCCAUUGCAAUCGCUAUAAAUUCACUUAUACACUUUAGAAAUAAGUAAAAAAAAUCACUGAGGUCUGCAUUAGAGCUGUUUCCACCGCUCAAACCGAAAAUGUAUAAUGUAAACAAAGCCGAGGUCUAAACUCGCUCAUAAAUGGGCGUCACUCAUUGGCUGAGGGCGUGGCUCAGCCCCCACUUAUGAGCGCUCGGAAUGGCCAAAUUUAGCACCACCACGUGCUCAUGUAACGGAAACAUGUUAGCGUUCGUCAACAUUUGUAAGGUUCAGUCUAAACCAUGGGGGUCCUUGGGGAGGCGAAAGGUAAACCGAAAAGACCGUUAACCGAUGUCACUGCUAACCGAGGGACGACUGUUUAUAGAAAUAAAAACAUUAUUACUUAGCAGUAGUCGAUGUUUUUUUUAUUCGGGUUAGAUCACGUGAAUAUAACAGCCAAUUAAAGUCAGCUUUUUUGUCACGAAAACAAAAUGUGCCGAAUUAGUUACUUGUUCAGAAGUCACCGGUGUGUGUGUGUGUCUGUUGCGGAGUAAAACCCACAACAUUUUACAAAUUAACGACACGUUUAUAAUUUACGCGAUAUAGC